UAUGAAUCCCAGAGGAAAGUUGCUCUGAUGGAAAGAGGAUGGGAGGAGGUUUGAAAUGGUGAUUCCUUGGGGCACGUCUGCUCUGGCUUUCACGAGUGGCUGCAGAAGCAGCUGUACUUGGAUGUUUGGGAUCUAUAACCCCUCAACCCAGAUCAAGGGGUCUCUUAGUACCAGAGCUCAGGAUGCAAACCCAGUAAGCUAAAGCCAGAGCAAACAUGAGACUGGUGAAGAAAACCAUGUUUAUUUUCAACCCAGUUCCAUUGAAAUAAGAACUGCCAAUUCACAGCCACACGGGAGCAAAUGAGACUUACCUGCAUAAAGAACUAACCUGGUUUAUGAAAACAAAGUCAAGCCUUUUCUAUCAAGAACUAGGCUGCAUGGGGUCACAUAUGGAGAGGGAUUGAGGGAGUGGGGCUCUCUCUCGCCAGCAGUGCUAGCAUCUUACUUUUUGUAGCUUGGACAGUGCUUUUAGAUCCGUCUGUUUCCCAUUCUAGCUCUGGGCCAGUAGCCCAGUGUGGCUGGCUUUGUAACAACACAUGGGGAAAUCCUAUCCAAAAAAAUACCUUCGCUAACCCCCUCUUUGAAGAGCAUCACUAACCAUUUCUAUCCCUAUCAUAUUAACCCCUUGAGGGUCACAUGGCUUGAACCAAGACACUUAGGUUUAUUUAAAACUCCCCAUUAGACCCUGCAACCAUGUGGCAUAAGAAAUUGCCAGAAAUGAGGCCUAAUGCAAAACGCAUUCGCGCUUAACACUGGGAGCUUUGAAUAGUUGUCUCAGAGGGCAAAGCUGUAGCGUCAGUAACAGCUCUCCUUCCCUCCUCUCACCACUUGUAUUUACUCAUUCCUUAUGUUACAAGAACAGAUUUUUAAGCUUUCCCUUCUCUUUUGCUUAGGGGAAAACAACAUCAGGGCUUCCGCUGGAUGCAGAGCUGCAGCAGCUAAAACAAAGCACAAAUAAGCUUGCGGUGGCAAAACCCCUAGUGCCUUGGUGGCGUAAUUCCAUGGGGCAAGUACCUACCACGAAGAUCCUUCAUUCCACACCAAGCACUCUUGCCAUUGCCUAAGAACUAGAGGUGACAAUGGAAGAGGCGACCGCUUACCUGAGAGAUGGGGUCCUAUCCCAUCUGGAAAAGCUAGAAGCUCAUGCACGGAAACUAGCACUGAAGCAAGAAGAAACUCAACGGCAGCAGGAGAAUUUGGUCAGGCUGAGAGCCAGAAUCCAGGAGCUGAGACUCCAAAGAGAUGAGCUCCAGGCCAAAGUGAAUCUGCAGCAAGUUGGGCUCAUCAGGCAGGAAGGAGCCACCGGCAGUAAUGUGGAGCCCGUCCAAGCAGCGGAGACCGGAGGGCAAGCGCUUCUAAAAUGGAAAGUGGAAAAUGUCAAGGCCAUGCUGCAAGCCUUUCGUCUGACGGGGAUUAGUGGGAAAUUGACCAAACAAGGAGUCUGUUUCUGCAUCAGCACUGCUUAUGAAGGCACCUACCUGGACUCCUACUACCUGGACCUCCUCAUACAGCAACCAGUCCAGAUUCGUCACCACUCUGUCCCCAUCUUCAUCCCCUUGGAGCAAAUAGCCAAGAAGUACUUGCAGUCCGACAUCAGAUGCUUCCUGACUAUGUUGUCUGAUCACCUGAAUGCUUAUGCUGGAAGGAAAUACCAGGCAGAUCAGUUACAGGACCAUUAUUCAGCCUUUCUCGAAGGAACCUUGCAGAGAAACUCGUUGUAUAAUCUAUUGUUCUUUAAUUAUGAUGUGGAAACAGAAAGCAAGACCUUUCCAUUCAGAGCAAAGCUGGUUUAUGGCGAUCUCACCCGUAGUCUUCCAACUGAGGCCACUAUUACAUGUCAAGCAGGGGAUGUUUCUGACUCUCUGGUGGAGAAGACAGCAGCUCAUUCAAACUUGUUCCGCCACACAGCUCUGCACAAAGCCUUCAAUUCCUUCAAAAGAGCAGCAGAAAGUCUGGAUCAAACAGCGUAAGCAGACGACGCCCUGUCCCCAGAUCAAAUGCACUUACUGUGCCUUCUGAUCGCUGCAAAGCUCCCUGGGAGGUUGCUGCUGUGUAAAUGCUUUUUAGACUGGACUGCAGCAGAGUUUCAGGAAAAUGCCUGAGGAAUAGCUAAACCAGUUCAUAGUACUGAGAACACUGUCUUCUUGAGCGACCUUUAGAUGCCUGGUCUCCGCAUAUCCUUCUAGAGCUCCUCUCCUCUGGCAUGUUGCUAAAGGGUUGCUGACAGACUAACAUAGUUGCUACCAUGGCUCCAUAAUACUACAGCAGACGGACACAGGAAAUCCCUCUCCACUGGAAUGGGAAACCAGAAAGACUUUCAGAGUUGUCAGGUAAACUUUACAAAAGUCUAACAAAACUUAGCUUUCACUAGGGCUGUUAGGGAAGCGGCCCCGGGGCCUGCAAUCUUCCCUGUAUCCCUCCAGCUGGUAUCAGAUGGUGUAGAGUAGGUGUAAGCUUCCUCUAGGUUGCUUUGCAAAUGGCAUGUUUAGUUCUAGGCCUCAUGCUGAGAUUAUCAACGAAGUCUCCAAUUCUGCAACUGGAUUCAUGCAGGACAGCCUCCCUGACUUCCGUAGGGCUCUGUACAGGUGCAAUGUUCCUGCUGCAUAGGUCAGGCUUAUGUUAGCAGUUAAUGCCAACUGUGGUAGUGGAUUCUGUGACAAGCACUUACCCUCUGUGAGGUGGACUAUGGCCCUGACUACACCGUGCAUUGGUACGCACUACAGUAAACUUUAGUGUGCACUAGAAUUUACACCCCUCUGGUGUGGACUAAACCACUGUGUAGAGAAGCUUGAAGAUCCUCCAAGGGGGAUACUGAACCACCAUCCUGUAAUAACAUUUGGUUAUUUCCAACAUCAACUACAUUUAAAUCAAGCGUGCACACGUUGGUGUUAAUAUAACUGUAAUUAAAUCACCAAUGCAUUAAUAAUUAAUAAUAAAAAAAACCUUCAGAAAAAAAUUAAAACUGACAAUAGCUGUGAAAACCUGACUUUUCCCUGCAUUCCCAUAUUGAGCUCCUUUCUUUGUGUCCUGGUUUAGAUGAGACUUUUGGCUUCCCUUUUCAAAUUCAUUAUUAAUGGCACUUUCACUUUUUCACUUGUUACUAAAUAUGCCUCAUGAUUAAAACUGCAAUAAUCUUAAAAAUCUAAUUUACUUUUCACUAUGGCGGUUGGCAAUUAUUUCUCUCAAGUCUGAUGAGGGAUAUUUGACUAGGCAAUUUUUCUUCCCACUUCUCAUGUACCAUAGAAUCAUAGACUUUAAGGUCAGAAGGGACCAUUAUGAUCAUCUAGUCUGACCUCCUGCACA